CGGCGGCGCCACCCAGCCACCGCGUCCUCGAACCUCAGGAUGUCCGAGACCGCUCCUGCCGCUGCCCCUGCCGCCGCGCCCCCGGCGGAGAAGACCCCUGUCAAGAAGAAGGCUGCUAAGAAGCCUGCGGGGGCGCGCCGCAAGGCCACUGGCCCGCCGGUGUCCGAGCUCAUCACCAAGGCUGUGGCCGCCUCCAAAGAGCGCAGCGGGGUGUCGCUGGCCGCCCUCAAGAAGGCGCUGGCGGCCGCUGGCUAUGACGUGGAGAAGAACAACAGCCGCAUCAAGCUGGGGCUGAAGAGCCUGGUGAGCAAGGGCACCCUGGUGCAGACCAAGGGCACCGGCGCCUCCGGCUCGUUCAAGCUCAACAAGAAGGCGGCUUCCGGGGAGGCCAAGCCCAAGGCCAAGAAGGCGGGCGCGGCCAAGCCUAAGAAGCCCGCGGGAGCAGCCAAGAAGCCUAAGAAGGCUGCGGGGGCCGCCGCGCCCAAGAAGAGCGCCAAGAAGACCCCCAAGAAGGCCAAGAAGCCCGCCGCGGCUGCUGGCGCCAAGAAAGUGGCCAAGAGUCCCAAGAAGGCUAAGGUUGCCAAACCCAAGAAGGUCAAGAGUGCGUCCAAGGCUGUGAAGCCCAAGGCCGCCAAGCCCAAGGUUGCCAAGCCCAAAAAGGCGGCGCCUAAGAAGAAGUAGAUUGACUCCUUCUCCAACCCCAAAGGCUCUUUUCAGAGCCACCACUGAUCUCUGGAGGAAGAGCUGACACUUGUUUACUCCUGGUGCAGCCUGGGCGUGUCCGUGCGCUGCGCGCCGAUCCUGUGACUUUUCCUCCCCUUGUUGGCGCCCUGCCUCGCUGCCGGGUCAGGCACUUCCAUCGCGGGUGGUGGACUGCGCUUUCCAGUCUUCGGCUGUUGCCUGCAAAAACCGGUCUAGAUCUGGUGCUCCGUACGGCUUGGACUACAGGGGAUUCGAAAGUUCCCGCUCUGCGCUUGGGUUGGCGCGUGCGUCUGGCCGCGGCUUCUCCAGUGUCACUGGGCGGGCGGCCGCUAGAGUAAUCCGCCCGGGCUCUUUGCAGCAGCCCUGCUAGGAGGUGCAAACCCACUGCUCCCUGGACGCUGCGAAGAGGGUGGGUAUCGGCAGCUAAUCCUGCAAGCACGGGAAAGAGACGAACUGAAAUGCUUUACGGUGGCAGGAGUUCCGCCUUCCCUGGGGGGGGGGGGCGAUCGUCCAGGGUGACUUUGUAACUUCCUGAGCCGUGUCCCUAGAAGUGACGAGCUUUGAGGUCUGCGAACGUAGGUUUCUGCUUAAUCUUCUCUGAAACUUAGAGGUUUUUAAGUGUUAAUUUGUGUAUCUUAAAAGUAUUUCUAUGUAAAGCACAACAAAGUAACGAAUUGCGCAGACAUGCCUGUUUCCAAUAAAAGGCUUUAGUUUUCAUUA